CAAACACGAUGGAAUUAUAAUGAGUAGAUUAGGAGUUCUAGUGACCAACUCCUUACUCCAUCAUGAGACCCUGGACUUUAUCUAGAUUGAUGGUGCUCGUCAGGGCAAAUCUAUUGAGCCCAAACACGAUGGAGUUAUGAUGAGUAGAUUAAGAGUCCUGGUGACCAACUCCUGACUCCAUCAUGAGACCCUGGACCUCAUCUAGAUCGAUGGUGUUCGUCAGGGCAAAUCUUUUGAGCCCAAACACGAUGGGAUUAUAAUUAGUAGAUUAGGAGUUCUGGUGACCAACUCCUAACUCCAUCAUGAGAACUUGGACUUCAUCCGGGUCAAAAAUAAUAAUGCAAACCCUAACGUAAUUUCAAGUGAAAAUGCGUUUUUCAGAAAAUCGCAGCCAAAUAACACUAGACCCUACUCAUAGUGUUGUGUUCCUGCCGGUGAGUAAGGUUGCCAGAGCUCAACGAGGGGCGGGAGGGGGUUUGGGUCGGCAACGCGCAUGUAACUCCUCUGGAGUUGCAGGCGUACAUAGGCUACGGAUCCUGCUUACCAUCAGGCGGGCCGUAUGCUUGUUUGCCACCGACGUAGUAUAAAAAAAGUAACACUGAAAAUCCAUCAAUAAGCGAGUCUGUUGUUAGGCAUACUGUAAAAAAUGAACUUUUAUUAAGAUUUUCUAAUCGCAGUAUAUAGCACUUCUCGGAACUCCGUAGCUGAUUACGAACGCAACGAAUGCUUGACAAUCGAGCACAGAUCCGUCCUCUAAGCGCGCUCCGCGCGGACUGAGAGCGUGGCGUCGGUGCUGCGUGAUUUAUACGUGUUUAAAAAAAAUAUAAAUUUACGGCAAUGUAGGUCCCAUAGUUAUGUUUUUUUUUUUAUAGGUUAACAUAAAGUUACAGUUUGCUAUAAUAUUAUUUUUAAAGCAAAAUAUGCGUACAAUUUGCGGAAAAAAAAAACCCUGUUUUCGCCAAAAAAUGAAGAAUAAUAUCGGAAGGUAUUUUAUCAGUUUUUUCAAAUGAAUCUUCGAUUGUUAAUCAUUCCAGCCCCUCGUACGAGAUAUGUUGAAUCAAAUUGUAGUCAUUCAUGUACCAAAUGAUUCUUGUUUAUAGCAAAAUUGAGAACCGAAACGCCACAUCUCACUGCAAAAUUUGGAAAAGACUCCCAAAAAACCUCAUUAAAAAAGAGGUUUAAAAGAGAAAAUGAAAAUUUGAACUGUUGGAGCCCUUAGUUUAGGAAACGAUUAUUUAAGUACGUUACCAGUUUUUGAAUAAAUACUAAUAGUUACGUCGUAAUCUUGAAUGAAAACGGAAGCAUUUUACAAAAUACGCUCGUCUGUAGGAAUAAGGCCUCUUAAAAGGAAAAUACACUUAAAAGCUAUUUAUAAAGAAGAAAGUCCCAAAUUCAAGAAAGCGACCCUUUGGAUCCGUUUCAAAUAAUUAACGAAUGACCUGUAAUAAAACACGCUGCUUUCAAUCUUUCCUUUGUUUGUCAGACUCUAAUUAAAUUAGAAAAUAUUUAAUUGUUCCUUAGGAAUCAUAUUUGAUUGGCCUGAACCUUCGAAUUCACGAUUUUUGAAUAUUAAGUAUUUUCAAUUCCCGGGGCUAGUUUGAUCUGUGGAAUGUGUUGGGCUUCAUACAUUUCACGACUCUUCUCUUUCAGCACAGACUCUAUUUAUUUAUCUAUAGAUGGCUAUGUAUGAUGAACCUUCGUGGACCUCAGCUGCCAGCAGCUCCGUUGGUGAGUUGAGGAAUGGCAGCCACCAAAACAGGUAAAAAAAAUUGUCAUUGCCUCCCGUUUGAUACUUUGUCAUUGCUAUUGAGAUGCUAUUGUUAAUUUAAAAAAUCAACAGCCGGUUAUAUCGCGGUGGUAAGGAAGUCAGCUGGUCGCAUGAACAUAUAAAAAAUAAGCGCUCUACCUUUUUAUGACAGCAAUAACAAAUCAUGAUACUUUGCAUGUAGCAAGUGAAACGCCAUAAACAGAUUACACAAUUUACACAUUACACACACUUUGCGGACAUAAAGUGGUAAGGCGCGCAUUUUUUACAUGUUCAUUUCAGCUGACGGUCUUUCCACCGUGUUACAACUGGCUAACGGUUUUUUUAUAUAUUUAAAACAGCGUCUAUAGUAUCUUCUGACAAAGGCGAUGACUGACGAAAUAUCAUCCUGGCCCGCGGUCUAUUGCUUUUGUUCCAUUAGAUUCCUUUUAAACUCUUUUUAAUGUCCAAAAAAUGGUUACAUAAAAAAAGUUUGUUGGCUUUUUACGAUUAUGAAAUGUCCGGAAUCUUCUAUCUUGAUAUGAAAAUGCAUUGGUUUUUAUACGUUUUAUUGAGAAAAAAAAUACAACGAAGCAGAUAAUCAAUUACAUUUAUAUAAACAUCUACAUGAAUUUAUUAAUAACCUUCAAUAGGGUUGUUUCCAAUUUUUUGAUCACCUAAGAACUGUCAACAUGGGGCCUACCGCGAAAACUGAAAAUCACAUAUUGCGGGGAUCAAUACAAUACCUUUUGACACACGUCAAAAGAUAUUUUAAAUUCAAUAUUUACAAAAAUAUGCUCAUUAGAGGUCAACUAAAGUUAGUUUAACAUGUUCUUAUAAUCCAUAACAAUUUAUUGGGAUACAAUUCUAACCUAAGAUUUGUAGAUGGAAACAACCCUAUUGUUAAUUAACAACUUUACUGAAAGACGGGGCUGCAACAGUUUGAAAUGUAUGAAAAUUUACUACUACUUAUGUUACGGAUACAAUAUUAUGAAAGAUCUUAACGAAAUAUCUCAUAUUAUAUUAAUAAAUUCAAAUUAUUUACCUUUUUUGUUAGAUACCUGGAAAGCUGCCUGCCCCAAUAAAGAACUUGCCUGAGAUGCGCCAUUAACAACACCAUUGAGAUGAGCCGCUCUGCGUAUCACAUACCAGCGUAUCUUAAUGAAACGGCCACUAGCCCUGCAGAGCGAGCUCGUUUUGUUGCUGGAAUGAAAUGGGAAUCUGGCGCAUAGCUGCAAGCACUCCUUUCCAGUAAACUGGCCACUCUGCUAACUAGCAGUAGGUACUAUUAGGCUCACGAUAUCGCUGCGCUUGGGGGCGGCGUCUAGCGCAUGACGAUGGGAAGAGGCAGGGUCAACCCCUCGUCUGGGACGUCAUGUGCGUGGAUAUCUUCGCGCCGUCCCAUCUUCCGGGGGCAUCAGCUAAGGCUGGCGCUGCUGCCGAUGCGGCCGAGCAUAUCAAGUGGCACAAAUAUACAACCAAUGACAACGGCUGCAUGUUUGAGCCAUUUGGAGUGGAGACGCUCGAGCCGUAGGGUCAAGGCGCGCACGGGAUCUUCAAAGCUAUGCAACGCAACCUAAUAUAGGUACAGGUGACCGAAAGGUUGGAGCAUACCUCGCCCAGCGCAUUAGUGUUACCGUCCAGCAUGGCAACGUCGCUAGCCUUCUGGGCACUCUUCCGGACGGAUCAGAUACAUGGCCAAUUUUUCAUUUGUAGGCUUUUCAUGUCGUUUUAGUUUUGUUUUGUUUAGUUUAAUUUAUUUUUGAUAGUAUUUUUUUUUAAAUAUAUGUUUCUAAAAUACGGAAACCUAUAUGAGUUGUAACUCUACAGGCAGAUUAGAAAUAUGAUAUACAUAGAAUUUACCCAUAUAAAGAGAUCUGGAUGUGCAUUUAAUGUGCAUUUUAUACUGACUCUACUUUGAGUCAAAGUAGGCAGUCUCGAUUACACGUGUAACUUGAACAAACAGCAUGCAAUACAUUGAAAGAAAAACAACAGGCACUUUAUUUUUUCUUUGUUAUCAUUUACUUAAAAGGUGGUUAUUUUUAUGUGGUAUUUAUUCAUGAAAAAACAGCAAGGUUAUAAAUUCUUUGACAUUACACGGAGUCUCAGUUAUCGCGCUUCAGCGAUGAUGGUCGUGUUCAUUAUAUUGUUGGGUGUGGGGGUUGGAGUGUCAGCAACGUCGCCAAGGGAGCCAAAAGAAACACUUCCGGUCGUCCCGAUCGUGCCCAUAGAGUGCGGUCCCAACUCACACUUCGAGCGAUGUUCUAAAAUAUGCCCUCCACAAAAUUGUUCAGCACUUAUAGACCCAUACUGGUUGUGCGAGAAUCCAGGUUGCAAACCCGAAUGUAGAUGCAACGACGGUUUUUAUCGUCAGAACGGAAUAUGCAUUUCUCGGGACGAGUGUCUCGCACAAUGUGGUCCUCUGGAGCGCUACGUCGCCGACAGCACCGAAUGUCAGAGAACAUGCGCCAACUACAAGGUCACUGCACCUCGGAGCCUGUGUAAGCCCUUCUCGGGUUGCGUCUGUGUAGAAGGGCGGGUGAGGCUGAACGAUAACGCCACUGGUCCCUGUGUGCUUACAAAAGAUUGCCCCCCUCGGCCAUGUCCACUCCAUGAACACUGGGAAGAUUGUCCUAGUAUAUGCGCCAACGAAACGUGUAUUUCGAAAAGUCCGACUUACAAAUGCCUGUUGCCAGCUAUUCCGCUACCGUGCAAAGGGCGAUGCAUGUGCGACAAGGGAUAUUUGAGGAAUCAUGUCGGAGACUGUAUACCUGAGAAUCAUUGCCCAAUUAAGGAAUGUCCAAUAAAUGAAGUGUGGCGCUGCGCCUCUAUGUGCCCGCGGGAUUCCUGCAAGCGGCUCGAGCCCGGCUUCCAAUGUCCGUCGGGUAUCAUAUCAGUAUGCAUACCCGCCUGCGCCUGCAAAGACGGAUAUCUCAGAAACGACGAAGGAAUUUGCAUACCAAGGAAAUUAUGUCCGGCAUCUCUGCGUUGCGAUAUAAACGAAGUAGCAGUGGAGUGCCAAGCGUAUCCACCGCAAACGUGCGAGUCUGUGUACACACUCUACAAGACGAUAGAGGACCCGCCCUGCAACCCGGGCUGCGACUGCAGGCCUGGCUAUUUGAGAAACAAGCGUAACAUCUGCGUACCUAGCGAUUAUUGUCCAACAGUGCCUAACUGCAAAUGUGGACCCAACCAAGAAUACAAGAAAUGCGGUACUAUUUGCGAACCAAGUUGCUCUGAUCUAGACAACCCACCGCAAGUGUGCCCUAAAGUAUGCGUCGAAGGUUGCUUCUGCAAAGAAGGAUUCCUUAAGGAUGAACACGGAAAUUGUGUUUAUCCAAGUCAAUGUCCUCUGCCAAUCUGUAACAAACCAAACGAAGUGGCAAAGGAUUGCGGAUCAUAUUGCGAGAUGAGGACUUGUGAAAACUACAACAGAACUGACAUCGGUUGCCCCGCCGUGUGCGUCCGCGGAUGCUUCUGUCGUAAGGGUUACGUCAGGAAUGCAUACGGUGUUUGUAUACACCCGAAAAAAUGCCCGUCUAAGCCAGUGUGCCUUCAAGAGCACGAAGAAUACCACUCAUGUGGAUCCAGCUGCCCAGACAAUUGUGAAAACUAUAUGAACCCGGACCGGAUUUGCACAAUGCAAUGCGUCGCUGGGUGCAACUGCAAGAAAGGCUACGUCAGAAACCUCAAGGACGGCACUUGCAUAAAGCCAGAACAAUGUCCCACUAAGGAAUGCACAGGCAACAACGAGGAGCUAAACUACUGCGCCUCCUAUUGCCCUGUUACAUGCGCAAACCGCUACACACAAGGCGACUGGGCUUGCAUCACACUCUGCCGUGUGGCUUGUGACUGCAUUCCUGGCACACUAAGAAACGACACUGGAUCUUGCGUUCCUGUUAAUCAAUGCACACCGCCAAUUUGCAGGGAAAACGAAAAAUAUAUGAAAUGUGGCACCGCGUGCCCAAUAACAUGUGACAAUUAUAAAAAUCCUCCUAAAGUGUGCACUGAGCAGUGUAUCGAGGAUUGUUUCUGCAAAGAAGGUUACGUCAGAAACCGCUUCGGGCGUUGCGUGAAACCAGAAGAUUGUGAACCCACUUGUCCAGCCGGCGAAAAGUGGAAUGAAUGCGCAGCCCACUGUCAAGAUACUUGUGAAAACUACCACUCUUCAAACAGGGUGUGCACUUAUCAGUGUCAAUCUGGGUGCGUGUGUGAGGCAGGCACCGUCAGAAGAAAGGACGGAAAAUGUGUACGACCUACCGAAUGUACCGAUAAGAUCAUCUGCCCCAUCGACGAAGUGUACGAUCCAUGCUCUGCUCAUUGCGAGCCCACCUGCGAGAACAACGGACCGAAUCGCGCCUGUACUGCCAUCUGCAAGCCUGGGUGCAAGUGCGGUGAAGGACUCGUCAGACGGGAGGAUGGCAAAUGCGUGAAGGUGAACGAGUGCCAGCCCACGUGCCCUUCUUCUGAACACUAUGAUGAGUGCAACGCGCACUGCGAAGAGACUUGCGAAUUGCAUGGAUCCAAUAUAACAUGCUUGCCCUAUUGCAUUGCUGGUUGCAUGUGCAAUAAGGGACUGGUGCGGAGGAAGGAUGGUCAAUGUGUGAAUUUAGAAGAUUGCUAUGAUCUCUGUCCUGCGAACGAAGUAUACGAUCCAUGCAUUAUGCCGAAGUGCCCACCAGGAAAAUCAUGCAUACAAGUUUGUAGUCCCGGCUGUAGGUGCAAGAACGGGCUAGUGAGAGAUAAGGACGGAAAAUGUGUCAAUCCCAAGUGCCCAGUUAACGAGCGCUGGGUGGAUUGUGUAAUAGGUCUCUGCAUACCACUGAGGUGCGAUCAACUCGGGUUUCCAAUCGGCUGUCCAGGCAUUAUUGGACCGUGCGACGGUGGUUGCGUUUGUGCCGAAAACUACGUAAGGGACAGUAACAACGUCUGCAUUCCAAAGCAAGAUUGCCCAAGUUGCAAUAAUGACUUCAAUGCUACAUCUGGAUGUGGUAUUCACUGUGGAAGACAAUGUACUGACUACAAGAACCCUCCUAACUGUAACCUUCCAAUGCCUUGCGAAUACAAUGGAUGUGACUGCAAAAAAGGAUUUGUUUGGGACAUAGUUACAGGGCGAUGCCUCGAUCCAGUCGAUUGUCCGAUUCCAUGCAAAGGAGACUUAUAUGCAGAAAAAGUGAAGUGCCCAAAUCCGUGUCCAGCCACUUGCGCCAGGCCGACCACUGCCAUUUGUCCCAGAGUCUGUCUCAAAAAAGGUUGCCAAUGCAGAUCUGGCUUCGUCCUCAAUCCGGACGGAAAAUGUGUAUGGCCCGAAAACUGUCCAGAUAACGUCGGAUGUAAUGGAGAUCCUAAUGCCCAAAUAAGUAGUUGUGUCUCACUAUGUGAACCCACUUGUGGAGAAAAUCCUAUAUUUUGCCCAGCAAUAUGCCGCCUGGGUUGCAAAUGCAAAAGCGGACUUAUACUUUCGAAGCCUGGUGGAAUAUGCAUAAAACCUGAAAAAUGUGUCAACGUCACUACCACUACUACAGACGCGCAUGCGACAGCGUCGACGGAUGGUCAACAAAACACGAAUUCUUCAUCACACGCAUUAAUAUUAUGCCCUAAUGAUGAAAUCUGGAUUAACUGCAAAGCUGGUUAUUGUAAGCCACAAUACUGCAGGGAUAUAGGCCGAGUCAUAGAUUGCCCGCAUGUUUCCGACCCCUGUCCGGGAGGCUGUAUUUGUAGGAAAGGCCUACUCAGGAGAGAUGGAGAUGGAGUUUGCAUUCCAGAAAAUGAAUGCCCCAUCAAUAAACCGUGUUCUGAUCCAAACGCAAUCAGGAAAAGGUGUGCUUCGCAUGAGUCUUGCAGAGCAACAUGCUCUGUGCCAAACUCAAAAAUCUGCCCUAGAAUAUGCAUUAUAAAUGGAUGUGAAUGUAAGAAAGGAUACGUUUUAUCAGGGCCAAACGGAAAAUGCACGAAAAUAGAGAAUUGUCCAAGUAAUGCCAGCUGUAAUGGAGAUCCCAAUGCGAAGAUAAUGGCAUUCCCCCCGCCAUGUCCGUCAACGUGCAAGACGCCAAACGGGAUCCCGGGAUGUUUGAUGAUGGGGCUGGACGUAGGAUGCGUAUGUAAACCUGGAUACAUAAAAGACGAGAACGAUAAAUGCAUUCUACCAGAUAACUGCAAAGGUGGAAAUCCUUGCGCUGCAAAUGAAACCUUCACAUGGUGUAAAGUAAAUUGCCCAAAUAACUACUGCACAACCAGUAAUAGAAGGAACGUAAUAACAUGUGAUCUACCUAACCCUUGCCCUAGUGGUUGUGUUUGCAAAUUGAACCACAAGAGGAUCUACCAGAAGGAUGACAGAUGUAUUUUAAGUUCAGAAUGCCCUCCCGUAAACUGUACUCGUCUUAAUGAAGUAUGGAGUCCCUGUCCAUCGGCCUGCCUCAGGGAAAAUUGCAAAGACGUAAACAAUCAACCUACCACUUGUAACCCGUUAGUUCUGAAUUGCGAACCUAGCUGCAUUUGUAAAGAAGGACACUUUAGAAACGGAUCGGACAUAUGCGUUCCAGCAAAAGAGUGCCCGAAUUACCAACCACGACCUUGCGACGACCCCAAUGCAGAGAGGGUGGAAUGCGCACCAGCACCCUCAUGCCGAUCCACGUGCGAAACACCCAACCCGUCUCCUUGCAUACUUAGCUGUGCAGUUAACGGAUGUGUCUGUAAGAAAGGCUUUGUUCUCUCAAAGAAGGGAGGAAAAUGUAUACCCGUGGAUCACUGUCCAAAAAAUGUACCUUGCAACGGAGACAGUAAUGCCGAGAUAAUAGCCAAUCCACCACCUUGCCCGUCGACGUGCGACUCUCCCAACGCCAGUUAUUUGUGCAGGAGGGCCGCGCCGUCUGUAGCCUGUCAAUGCAAAGAUGGCUUAAUUAAAGCCACUUACGAUGGCAAAUGUAUCAAGCCAGAAGAAUGUCCAGGUGGAAAUCCUUGCGGAGCAAAUUCAACAUUUGUGCCCUGCAUUACUCACUGCACUAAUGGUUAUUGUCCAGUAAACGAUAAGCCGGUGAUUACUCCUUGCGAACUAACUUACCCCUGUCCAAGCGGCUGUGGUUGCAAAACUAACUAUAAAAGAAAAAGCAUCAAUGAUGAUAGAUGUAUAUUAGCUUCGACCUGCCCUCCCAUUAAGUGUACUCGCCCUUAUGAAGUUUGGGAUCCCUGUCCACCCGCAUGUCUCCCAGAAAGCUGUGGAGAUGUGAACAAUCAACCUUCCACGUGCAAUACAUUGAUUUUGAACUGCCAGCCGCAAUGCGUCUGUAAAAAAGGAUAUUUGAGGAACAGCACUAUAAGCAGCAGUUUUUACAAAGAUACAUGCAUUCCAGCAAAAGAUUGUCCUCAAAACAAGCCAUGUGAAGAUCCUAAUGCGGAGAGGAUGCAAUGCGCACCGGACCCCUCCUGCCGGUCAACCUGCGCAACGCCCAAUCCAUCGCCUUGCAAAAAGAUUUGCGCUAUUAAUCAAUGUGUCUGCAAAAAAGGCUACGUUUUGUCGACGAAGGGUGGAAAGUGCAUACCUGUAGAUCAGUGCCCAAAAGAUGUACCCUGCAACGGAGACCACAACGCCGUUAUAAAGGCCAACCCGAUCCCGUGUCCGUCGACUUGCCGCGCUCUAAACGCUAGCCCUUGGUGCAAGCGGUACGCCCCGCCGGUGGGCUGCGAGUGCAAGCCAGGCUACCUCCUCAAUGAUGAUAACAAGUGUAUAACACCUGAUCAAUGUCCAGGUGGCAACCCUUGUGGGAAAAACGCAACUUUUGUACCGUGCUCCGUCAACUGUCCCAACAACUACUGCCCAGUGGGCGAAAGUAAAGGAAUCAUUGCCUGCAGCCCGCCGCACCCAUGUCCCAGCGGCUGCACUUGCAAAAAGGGUUAUAAGAGAAAGAGCAGUUCCGAUUCCACUUGUAUUUUGGCUUCGGAUUGUCCUCCACCCAUAAAAUGCAAAGCUAACGAGGUAUUUAACUCGUGUCGUAUAAUAUGUCCCCCACAAACGUGUGCAUCCAUCUACACCAGCUACAACUGCCAGGACGCCCCGAAAUGUGAGCCCGGCUGCGACUGCAUCUCCGGGUACUUGAGGAAUGGAACGGCAAACGACCCCUGCAUACCGAGCAAAAAGUGCCCAACCUCGCCACCAGUUAUAUCAGAAUGCGGCAUCAACGAACAUUAUGAAACAAACAGACUCAAGUGCGAGCUGACUUGCAAGAACUAUCACUUGGAACCAAUAAUGGGUCCCUGUCAGCCAACUAGCGCCUGCUUCUGCGAUGAUGGCUACGUCAGAAACUCUAAUGGAUUGUGCAUUCCUAAGAAGAAAUGCCCUCAAAAUUUAGUAUGCCCGCCGAAUGAAGUGGUGUCCGAAUGUUACAACAGCUGCCUCAUGACCUGCAAGACCAGACUCAGGAGCGACGGUAGAAUGUGCCACACGGCCUGCAUCGAGACUGGCUGCGUUUGCAAGGAAGGUUACCUGAGACACGACAAUGGCACUUGUGUUCCCAUCAGCCAGUGCUCGCCACCUCGCUGCGAUGACAAUGAAACCUACUCAAAGUGCGGUACCGCGUGUCCCCCGACUUGUCAGAACAGAGGAGAUAAUUGCACAGGCUGCACUGAUCAAUGCGUCGAGGAUUGCUUCUGCAACAAGGGUCUCGUGCGUUCUGAUGACGGCAGUUGCAUCAAUCCUAAACACUGUCCACGCCGCGUCUGUGGCAGUAACGAAACAUUCGAUCCAUGCCCCCGGACGUGUCCUCCAACGGAUGGCUGCGAGAAUAUUUGGUCGAAGUUUGACUGCACCAACGCUAUCAAGUGCUGCAAGCCUCAAUGUCGAUGCAAGUCUGGCUAUCUCAGAAAGAAUAAAGUCUGCGUCCCUAUCAACCAAUGUUAGAAUUAUUUAAGAAUCGAUCACACCGGUGUACUUGACGCAGCAUAUACGCAGUGCCCAGUUAUGCGUUGAUUUUUCUGUACAUAAUUAAUUACAUUUCCUAUACGGUGCGUCAACGUCUUUAGACCAACGGUGUGGUAGUUUCUUUAUUUGGCAAUUUUACGUUUUUUUGCAACUCCAUAUUACACAUGUUUGUAUCAUUGUCAAUACCAUUUUUAAACCUGAACAAGAAAAAUCUACCGUUGUCGUUGAUCUGUUUAAUGUGACGUUGUUAGUAAACAGAGUGGUCAAUUAUUAUUUUUGUCAUUUUCCGGAUAUAUUUGGCCAAUGCGUUUCCUGUGUAUAUUUAGGUUAUUAUGUUAAAAACAUUUAUUUUAAGAACACAAAACCGAUUUAAUUUAAAAACCCCCUACGCUGUAUUGUUAUGUACCACUUUAUGAUACAUAAAGGAAAAAAUUAAAUGCCUAAAAAAUCCAUUUAAUGCCGAAAAUGCCUUACAUCAUUUUGAAAAAGAGCUAAUACUCUUCCAACCGCUGGAUCGCUUGCUAUCAAACAUAGCUAGGAACAGCAAAGAAUCUCGCUUUCACGUAAAAAACCGCAUCGAAAUCGGUCCAUCCGUUGGUGAGCUACGAUUUCACAGACAGGCAAACAGACAGACAGACAUUGGCGUCAAACAUAGAACAUCCCUCUUUUUGCGUUGGGGUUUAAAAAUAUUUAUGCAUACAUAUUUGUGGGAAUAUAACGAUUUCAAUGCGAUAAAAUUAUUAUUGUUCGUAUUAUAAAAUUUUAAUUCAACAAAUUAAUAAAUUACUUAAACAUCAAAAA